AUGCCGUACUCAUCACAACGCUACAAUCUUGACGCUGCCGCUGCCAGGAGGCGAAGCCAGUGCUCAUCACGGCCUCGUGGCGAUAGGUACAGCGACCAGUCUUACAAGAGUCGUGCUCAAGAUGACUACUAUCGCGCACCGUCCGUGUCGCGAACAGCCUCUUAUACGAAGAAUGAUGAUCGUUCUUACAUGAAGAGAGAAGAACGCCCUCAACAUCCAAGAAAGACCCGAACAAAAGAGGAGGAUCGGUCUUACACAGAUCGCAGAAGCCGAGGAGAGCGCUCGUCGAGCUACAGAGAAGCGUCUUCAGGCAGGGAAAGUCGUUGUGACGCGAGACCAAGUGAGCGCUCUCAAUCCACACGAGAUAACCAUGCCAAGAGACAAAGCCGUUCUGGCCCCGAAAGAAGAGAAAAUGCUCAUUCCGACCAAGUCCAUUCCGAUACAGCCUGCUCUGGGAGGAGGUCCAGUUCGAGAAGAGGAAGCCAAGAUGGUCACGAGACCAGACCUCACUCCAAAAGGGAAGAUACCUCUCAUCAGGAAGGUGAGUACUCUCGUUCAACCCCUGAAGAGAUCAACACGUUCCUCAACAGCGGUCGGGCGUCAAGACCCUCCUGGGGAUCUUCAACAUAUGGCACAUAUGUCCUUCCUCUUGAAUCAACAGGACAGUAUCGAAACAAUGAUCCGACAAAGUGUACUUGUAAAUGUUGCCCCCACCCAAUUAGCACAGCCCACAGUCACGACCACCACCAGAACCAGGGGCCCGGGAUGUCUUCCAAGCGGACCGCCGAAGGAUCAAGACGCAGCAAGCGCACAGCAGAGGGCAGGCCCCUUAUUCAGGUUGUUGACAAGUCUAGAAGCGCGUUGAACCUAGAAUAUGGUCCGUCGUACCCUAUAUCACUCAACCCAAACACAUCAUGCGAUCGCAUUGCCUCGUUCUUGGCACCCGACAAGCGAUAUGCCAAGGUCCUCGUGCAUUGGGAUGACGGGAGAGUCCAGAGACUUGACAGCGACAUCGCAAUGGAAGAUCUGAUCCGUUAUGCCGAGUUGAUAGAAGUCAGAGAGAUAAAGAGCGUACAUUGGGCGGCGUGA